AUGAGUGUUAACAUGCAUCAAAUCUUUAAGGUAGCUCGUCGUUACCAUCACUUGAAAGUAUUAUUUGCAAUUGGUGGAUGGGAGAACUCUCAGUACUUCUCGCUUCUAACAGCAGAUUACGAAAGAAGGAAAAUUUUUAUAAAUGCAAUUUUACAAGUAAUUCGAUAUUACGGAUUCGACGGCAUUGAUAUUGACUGGGAAUAUCCGGUUACUGGAGGUGAAACUGAAGGAUUAUCGGUUUUUGUGGAAAUGCAGCUGCAGAUGAUUUUUACCUUUCAGUCAGACCGCUCCAACUAUGUGCUACUGUUACGAGAACUACGAAGACGCUUUACUGAAUAUGAAGUAGCUACCAGAUCAGACAGGAAAUUAAUUAUUUCAUUUGCUGGUGCAGCAGGACAAUGGACACUUGACCCAGGCUUCGAUUUGAACAUGUUAGUACGUUAUGCUGACUUUGUAAACGUGAUGACCUAUGACUACUUUGGAGCUUGGCGGAGUAAGUGGGGAGCGCAUACAGGUCCCCCAGCACCACUGUAUUUUUCAAUGCCCAAAAAUUUUUCUGGUAAGAUGACUGUAGACUGGACGAUGAAGUAUUACGCGUGCAAGCUCCUUGACACAUCUAAACUAAAUCUUGGAAUUCCGUUUUAUGGAAGGUUCUGGAAAAAUGUUGGUGGAUCAGCAGAUGGGCAUGACGAAAUGUGGAGAAUUGCUGAGCCUGUUAAUGGCGAAUUUCAAGGAGGACAAAUUGCGUGGCGCGACAUACCACACCAGUGGGAUCUGAGUCGGACGACGUUCCAUAACGUUUCAAAGACACCUUAUAUAUGGAUGAUGGAGAAGAGAAUUUUCCUCGGAUUUGAGAAUGAAUUAUCUGUUGCUUACAAACUCGACUAUGCUUUGCAAAAAAAUUUGGGAGGACUGAUGUUUUGGUCGUUGGAUUUUGAUGAUGACAGCGAUACACUACUGAAAACAGCGACAUCAAAGCAAAUGUGUGGAACAUCAGCCACUACUACCUUAAACUACAAAUGCUCGCCGUUGAAAGAAAAACGUUGGUGGACUAUGGCAGAUGAUGAGGUCUGCGACAAACUUGCGGGUAUGUGUGGUCGUUCCGCACCUCUUUAUAAUGGAUAUUAUCCCGUAUGUGACCCAGAUGAUCCAGGCUACAGCUGUUGUGGAAAGUAUGGCUACUGUGGUAGCGGGCCAGAAUCCUGUGACUGUGAAGACUGUAUUAAUUAUGCUGCAGAUCCAAUGCUUUUACUGAAGGAACCAGUUAAACCCUCAGUAGAAGUGCGGUGGUUUACCAGUGACGCUAGCCCAGAAGAACGCAAUCGAUGUGGAAUUUUUGCUCCAAAAUUGGCUGAUGGAACAGUCGCGAUAUGUAACCCAGAUAAUGAUAAAGCUUACUGUUGCUCAAACGCUGGCUAUUGCGGAAACAGCGUACACCACUGUGACUGCGCAGGAUGCAUCAACUUCCGGAAGACCAACACCGAAAACCCAACAGAUUUCACCGCUCCCUCGUUGAGUCGCCAUGUCAUUACAGACAGCAAUGGACGGUGUGGUCCAAAAUUUCCAAAAUUACGAAGCGGAAGAUACGCAAUAUGUGACCCCAACUCUCCAAUAGCACACUGCUGCAGCAGAGCAGGUUACUGUGGUAGCGGCGAAGCCUACUGUGGAUGUGCAGAAUGUAUUGACUUCAAAAAAAAUCCACAUUUCACAUGGACAGAGCCGUUCAAUUUUACCAGAUAUAAAUAG